GAAAACAUCAAUAGGUAACAUCAAUGAUUUCUCAUCGUAAAUUUCCGACAACAAUUUCUGUCACAUCUGAUUUAGUGUUGAAAAGGUUUUUGGGGAGCUCCCACGGCCGUGUUGUCCUGCAGAGAUGGAAGCAAGAGUAAGCCGCCUCAGAAUCCCCCCUGAGAUGGCCAUUUACGCAGAGAAACAUGACAUAUUCGAGCUGAUCCAGACUCUUGUGAAAAAUCUGGUGGUGCACAAACCAGAGGACCCGAUUCAAUACCUGAUUAAUGUCCUGAAGAGAGACAAUGUCCAUGUGCCAAGAAUAAUUUUGAUAGGUCCUCCAGCAUCUGGAAAAAGAACCAUUGCUAAAAAGAUCUGUGAGCGUACACAGGCUAUUCACAUAACCCGUAGCAAUAUCUUGAAGGACAACACUGACCUUACCCGAGCUGCACAGCAGUACCAAGAGAAAAAACAGGAGAUCCCGAAAGACCUUUGGAUCCAGUUGAUUCAGCAACGCCUAUCAAAAAAUGAUUGUCUUGGACGGGGCUGGCUUCUGGAAGCCAUUCCCAGGACGCGAGAAGAGGCACUAUGUCUACAAGAAGCCGGCAUCAUACCGGAACACGUCGUGAUAUUGGAAGCUCCCGAUGUCGUCCUGAUUGAAAGGAGCUCGGGCAAGAGAAUAGACCCUGUCACGGGAGAUGUGUAUCAUGUGACCUUUAAAUGGCCUGAGAGUGCAGAUGUUGCCCAGCGUUUAGAAACACCCAGGACAGUAUUGCCCGUUGAUGCGAUAGCCAAGAAAAUCCAAAAGUACCAUGCAGAAACCCACGCUCUGAAGUUCACCUACCAGAACUGCUUGAAGACCAUCAACGCUGACCAGCCCCUAGUAGAUGUUUUUGCACAAGCACUGAACUUCGUUCUUUCUCGACAUCGUUCUGCCGCGCCCUUCACCCCCAGAAUCCUUCUGUUUGGACCCCUGGGUUCAGGGAAGAGUCUUCAAGCCAAACUUAUUACACAGAAAUAUGGCACCGUCAACAUUUGUUGCGAUGAACUUCUGAAGGCUGUGUCAGCUGAUGAACACCAUAUGGGGGAGCUCAUUAAACCCUACCUGGAGUCAAAACAGCAAGUGCCCUCCAGUAUAGUGCUGAAGAUUCUUACGGAGAGACUGAGCAGGAUUGACUGUACCACCCGAGGCUGGGUGCUCCAUGGCUUUCCUCAUGACGUGGACCAGGCAGAAAAACUCCAUGAGUCCAACUUCAUACCAAACAGGGUAUUCUUUCUGGAGUUGACGGAUGACAUUGCAGUAGAGAGAGUCAAGCUUCGAGGUGUGGAUCCUGUGACAGGAGAAUGGUACCACAGUCUAUAUAAGCCUGCACCCAGUCCAGUGGUCCAGGCCCGGCUGUGUUUUAACCCACUGGAUUCAGAGGCUCAGCUGCUAAAGAGGGUUAAGGAGUAUUGGUGCAAUGCAGUGGGGCUUCAGGCCUUCUACCCACAAGCGGUGUGCAUCAACGCUGACCAAGACCCUUUCACUGUGUUUGAGUCCCUGGAGUGUAGGCUAGUGGGUCGACUACCAAAAGUCCUGCCUAACAGGGAAAUAUAUUAGGGCUAACGGGACCAUCCAUUUUAAACAAUGAAUAAAAACUGAUAUGUAAAUAUGUUUAACAAGACAGUAUCUAAUCGUUCAGUUGUACUUGUCUGUUUUAAUAACCUGUUUGUGUCACGGGGCUUCUUAAUAAUAAAUUGCAAAGUCAGCUUUGUUUUGUGGCUUUAAUAUUUAAAUAAAUAACAUGCUUUAAGUAUUACUCAAAGCAUUAAACUGUUUGCCUCUUCAAUAAUCA